AUGCCCAAGCGGCAAUCUUCUGCUCCUUCGCCGACAAGGUUGCCAGGGAUCUCUGAAACAGAAAUCGGGCACUCCUUAAACGACAUGGUCAAGGAACCCGGCAGCUCUCCAAUGCGCAGCAAGGAGUAUGGAUACGAGAGCCCUUUGGGGAGCAAGGAUGGCGAUUCGAAGAAGCGGAGCAAGGAGUAUUCAUAUGACAGCCCGCUGGGGAGCAAGGACGGAGAUAAGAAGCGAACCACCAGUCCAUCUGCCAGCCCUCGAUCGAUCCCGAAAUCCCGGCUGCCGAAGUCGUUCCGACCAGCUUUCGAAACCUUCACGCAGGCCGACAUGGCUCUGCGGAGCAUCGCGGCGAAGGUCGAUACCGACAGGAUGAAGAAGCGCUACGAAAUGACAUCGGUAAAUUCCAGAAGCUCCGAUGGCGGUCCCCGCCAUGUUUUGCGACAGUGUGUGAGAUCACCUGCUUUCGACAGCUUCUUUGCCCUGCUAGUGUUGACCAACACGAUCUUCAUUGGGAUCGAAGUGCAACAGACGCUGCACCAGGAGCAGCCCCCGCCGGGCUACGUCAUUAUCCAGUACAUCUACACAGGUUUCUUUACGCUCGAGCUCAUGCUGCGUGCGGCUGCAGGGGGCUAUGCAUUCUUCUGCGGAAGGGACUGGGCUUGGAGUUGGCUCGACGUUAUCGUGGUCGUCAGCUCUAUGGCAGAAAUCGCCUUCGACAUCCUGGCCGCCACUGGCGUGGCUCACACAUCUGGAUUUCGCGCUCUUCGCGUUGUUCGCAUCACUCGUUUCCUGAAAACCCUGCGGCUUGUUCGUGUCUUCCGCUUCGUUCUGUCGCUGCGGACUCUGAUCACCUCCAUCCUCUACACGUUGAAGUCGCUUUUCUGGGCGCUGGUCUUGCUGAUGCUGAUCAUCUACCUCUUCUCGGUGCUCUUGGCACAAGCUGUCUGUGAAUAUCGCGUCACCCCAGACUUUGACAUGCUGCCACAACGGGCCAAAGAUUCAGUUGACAGGUACUACACUUCUUUGCCGAAGAUGAUGCUUAGCCUCUUCAUGGCCAUCUGUGGAGGCGUGAGCUGGGAGGACGUGCUGGAGCCGUUGGAGCACAUAUCCUUGGUCUGGGUUUUCGUUUUCCUUUUCUACAUACAGUUCACCUAUUUUGCAGUGUUGAAUGUGUUGACUGGUGUGUUUUGCCAGUCAGCGGUGGAAAGCGCCCAGAACGAUCAUGCCAAUGUGGUUCAAUCAAUGCUCGCAAACAAGGAGGCGCAUGUGGAGAAGAUCCGAGCACUUUUCAGCAAGCUUGGCGCCGACGAGGAGGGCCACAUUACAUACGCAAUGUUCGAGGAAGGAUUGACCUCGCCUGCUGUCGUGCAGUACUUCGAGACACUCGGAUUGGACGUCUGGGACGCAUGGAGCUUCUUCAAACUCUUGGACCUGGACUCUGGAGGUUCAGUCGAGGUGGAGGAGUUCUUCAAAGGGUGCCUGAGGUUUCGAGGCCAGGCCAGGGGCGUUGAUGUGGGAAAAAUCCUUCACGACCAAGCGUGGUUGAUCAAGAGCCAGGGCCAGUUCCAAACAUUCAUGGAGAUGAAGAUGCGUCGUGUAAAUGAGAUGCUCGCAGCGAUUGCGGGAAUUCCGGUCGAUGAGAGCGAGGAUGGGUUCUUGACUUCUGGUGGCCACGGCAUAGACUCGGCGGAGUUGUCCUCCUUGAAAAAUAUCUGA